UAUAGUAUCUGAAUGAAGUCGUUUGGAUAUCAGUUAUGGGCAUUAAAGAUCUUAAAGUUUAUUGUUUAUUUGAUCAUCUUUAAAGUAAUUUUUUGUACUAUUAAUGAAUUGUGUUAAUACAUUUAAAUAACAAAACUUUUGUAACUAAAGCAACAAAUCCUUGGAAGUUUAAAAAUAAUUAUGUUUUGCCAGUGCAACUGGUUUUCUAUUAGUUAAUUCUUUAUCAACAAAAUCACUGCUACAAAUUAGAAAACAAUUCUCUUUUUAAAGAAGUAUAGCCUCAAAAGCUGAAUGUCAAUGAAUGUCGCUGGGAAAUCCUUCUGUGCGGGUGCACUUACGACCAAAACUAUUCCAUCUUGGGCAUGAUGGGUGAGGUCCCCCUGCUUUUUACCGAACCAAUACUCAAAGUCACGCCUUAGGUGAACUUGAAAAUUUGUGGGGGCGAACAAAUCGGAAUCGGAAGCGGCAGCCAAAGUUGAAGGUGGCCAUAAGUUUCAAUAAAUCGAUGCCAACACCUAGCUGGUUGCCAUGGCAAUUGAAAGUCCUUUGCAGGGCCAAACACGUCAGGAAAAUCGCCGUAAACAAAAUAAAAUUGAUGCCUGUCCGCCAGUAAAAUGGGAAUGUUGCACAAUUUGGCCGACUUGAUAAAGAUUAAAAAAGAUAAAAUGACGAUACUGGUGCUGGGACUGAACAACAGUGGCAAGUCCUCGAUAAUCAAUCACUUCAAGAAGUCCAGCGAACAGACAUCCAUUGUGGUGCCCACAGUUGGCUUCAUGGUGGAACAAUUUUACAGUAAGUGGUCGCGGAAUCAUCAUCAAAGCAUUCAACUAAUUUAUCCCCUUGGAGCAGGCAUGUCGGGUGUGUCCAUAAAGGCAAUCGACAUGUCCGGUGCGACGCGAUACAGGAAUCUUUGGGAGCACCAGUUCAAGAAUUGCCACGGAAUCAUAUACGUCAUUGACUCCAGCGAUCGCAUGAGAUUCGUGGUGGUCAAGGAUGAGUUGGAUCUGGUGCUGCAGCAUCCGGACUUGAGCAACCGCAUUGUGCCAAUCCUCUUCUAUGGCAAUAAAAUGGACAUGGAGGACUCGCUAUCCAGUGUGAAAAUAGCAGCAGCGCUUAGAUUGGAGAACAUUAAGGAUAAACCAUGGCACAUCUGCUCCAGCAGCGCGAUAUCCGGCGAGGGUCUGGGCGAGGGUGUCCAGUGGCUCAUCCAGCAAAUGCGUUUCGCCAUGUUGAACAACAAAAAUGCCGCCAAAUCCAGGUCCAAGCACUCCAAAUAGAACUAGAAUACGCUCUGCACUUGUCU